GCGGCCUCUGGACUCCAGCGCCGCGCGCCUCGCGCCUCGCGUAUGUGGCUCGCAGCCCCCGCGGCCGCGCCGUCCUCGCUUCUGCGCGCCCCCUGGCUUGCUCUGGCCGCCGCCAUGAGCACUGGCACCUUCUCUUUGUCGCAGCCGCUCAAUUACCGCGGCGGGGCCCGCGUGGAGCCUGCGGACGCCUCCGCCACGGAGCAGGCAUUCGAGCCGGCCACGGGCCGAGUGGUAGCUACUUUUGCAUGUUCAGGAGAAAAAGAAGUCAAUUUGGCUGUUCAGAAUGCAAAGGCUGCCUUUAAAAUAUGGAGUAAAAAAUCUGGCAUGGAGCGUUGCCGGAUCCUCCUGGAAGCUGCCAGAAUAAUAAGGGAGCAGAAGGAUGCAAUCGCCACCAUGGAGACCAUCAACAAUGGCAAGUCCAUCUUUGAGGCCCGCUGGGACAUCGACACUUCCUGGCAGUGCCUCGAGUACUUCGCAGGCCUGGCUGGAUCCAUGGCUGGUGAGCACAUCCAGCUCCCAGGUGGAUCCUUUGGCUACACCCGCAGGGAACCCCUUGGAGUGUGUGUGGGGAUUGGAGCCUGGAACUACCCCUUCCAGAUCGCCUGCUGGAAGUCGGCCCCGGCUCUGGCCUGUGGUAAUGCCAUGGUCUUCAAGCCUUCCCCCUUCACGCCCAUUUCCGCUGUGCUCCUGGCCGAGGUCUACACCCUGGCGGGCGUGCCUCCCGGGCUCUUCAAUGUGGUGCAGGGCGGGGCAGCCACAGGCCAAUUUCUGUGUCAGCAUCCCGACGUGGCCAAAGUCUCCUUCACUGGAAGUGUGCCCACUGGUGUGAAGAUCAUGGAGUUGUCAGCUAAAGGAGUCAAACCUGUUACCUUGGAACUUGGGGGCAAAUCUCCACUCAUCAUCUUCUCAGACUGUAACAUGGAGAACGCCGUGAAGGGGGCGCUGAUGGCCAAUUUCCUCACACAAGGGCAGGUUUGUUGUAACGGCACAAGAGUAUUUGUGCAAAAGGAAAUUCUUGGUAAGUUCACUGAAGAAGUGGUGAAACAGACCCAGAAGAUAAAAAUUGGAGAUCCCCUUCUGGAAGAUACAAGAAUGGGUCCGCUCAUCAACCGGCCGCACCUGGAGCGAGUCCUCGGCUUUGUGAAGUUGGCAAAGGAGCAGGGUGCUAAAGUGUUAUGUGGUGGAGACCUGUACGUACCUGAGGAUCCCAAAUUAAAAGAUGGAUACUACAUGAGACCUUGUAUAUUGACUAAUUGCAGAGAUGACAUGACCUGCGUGAAAGAGGAGAUCUUUGGACCGGUCAUGUCCAUUUUGCCAUUUGACACAGAAGCCGAGGUUCUGGAACGAGCCAACAAUAGCACCUUUGGACUCGCAGCUGGCGUGUUUACCAGGGACAUCCAGCGGGCUCACAGAGUGGUGGCCGAGCUUCAGGCGGGAACGUGUUACAUUAACAACUACAACGUCAGUCCGGUGGAGCUGCCCUUCGGAGGAUAUAAGAAGUCAGGAUUCGGCAGAGAGAACGGCCGUGUGACAAUUGAAUAUUAUUCACAGCUGAAGACUGUGUGCGUGGAGAUGGGUGAUGUGGAGUCUACUUUUUGAAGCCAGGCUGUGGGAUAAGUCAAGUUGGCUUCUUGACAAGGCAGGAUAACUGAGGACCACUUUCAAUCCAGACUUUGGAAAUUCAGAUUUAAAAAGUGGUUUGAUGGUGUUCUUCAUCUUUCAGUCACCUUCCUAACUGAAAAUGUGCGUAAGUGCCUUUUAGACAGUAAUCAAGAUGGUUGUGAUUUUCCUGACAGCAAAUUUCUGUGAAGUCUUUAAAAGUUAGCAACACAUUUCUAGAGAACAGGUAGAGUCUAACAGGUAGAGAGAGCAUAACCAGGGUUGCACUUCGUCCACACAGCUGACCCAAUGUUAAUUCUCUAGCUAAGGACCUUAUUCCUUUGUAGAUUCCUAGUGGAAUCAGUAGAGAUAAUUUCUAGUCAUUUACCUUUGUUUCUUUUUUGGCCUCUUAUCAUUCCUUUGAGAAAGCUGAUGACUGAAACAGAGAAAAGAUUAGAAACUGACAGGGUCAAAUUCUGCAUGGGUCUGAACUUGCUGUAGUAAGCACUUUGAUUCCAUUCUGUUGCGAUGAAGGAAAUGUGUCUCCAGUCCUGGAACUAUAGUUUCCUGUCUUACAGUGCCUGUUAAAUGCACAAAUUGGAAGUGAAAAUAGAAAAAUAAAUGCACAAAUUAUUUGUAUGCUAAUGUAGUGUAGUGAAAAUAAAAUCACAUUGUUAA